AUGACCCGUGUGCUCGGCAUCGCGUUUGUGCAGCUCCAUAAUCGAACCAUAAGGUAUACGGCGAAAACCGAUGCACAAUUGCGGGGAGCGGAGGCGAAAAUGGCGGGCGAGGUUUACAAACGACUCCGGCAGAAGGAGUACUUCCGCCCGUCUGAUAUGUACAGAGCACUGGUAACGGAUGGCAAGGCG